CCCACUGGUCGCCCCUCAUACACGUCUUUCCGGUCGGGCUUUAUCUCCGUGCUGCUAGUACUGAAGAAACAAACGCUCCAUUCUGUCGUCUUUGAUUUGUGCAGUCAAAUAAAAGGUUAUUUUUCUCUUUGGUUGUUUUACGGUUUGGGGACAGAACCGGAGCACUUUCAACAAACGGCCCGUCUCUGAGCGGAGGAGCAGCUGCAGGAGGAGGAGAGAGAGGCAGGCGGGGAGCGCCGAGCAUCGGCUGGAUGCAACACAAAGGUACCGAGGCUCCUCUGUGAGCGGACAGCUCGUGUUUUCAGUGGAGACGGAGGAAAGGUGUUUUUUCCUGGAUGUGAAUCAGCGGUGAGAGCGUGAUGGCCGAGCAGGAGGCGCUGUGUUGCAGCAGCAGCGGGUCCUGGUAGCAGAGCGGCGAUCUUCGUCCCGCAGACUCCAUUACGCACCAGCUGCUGCUCCUGAAUGCGUUCAUUCCUGUUUCCGCUCCGCUGUGAGAGGAUGGCUGGCUGGCGUUGAGGAGAACCAGCGUCGGCCCCUCGCUGGCUCCUGGAUCGCGUGUUCUUCCUGCGGCAGAACCACGGACAGCGACGAUGACUCGGCUGCGCAGGAAAGCGCUGGUUGCGCUCUUCCUCUUCACGCUCUUCAUUUUUGGGACAAUGAUGGGCCUGAGGACGCUGAAACCCAGCGACGGCUUUUCGGACCUGGCUCCUGGGAUGGAUUUCAUCGGGGAGAGGUCAGAGAGGAGGCGGCUGGACGUGAAAGACGUGGUGGUUUCCCCGGGUCAGUUCCACAUGAGCAGCAGCGACACCAAGGUGGUUUUCACCAGGUCGGACCGGGAGUACAGCAUUUUCUACGACGUCCACAUCUUCUACUACCUGUGGUACGGCUCUCCCAGCGUGGACAACAAGUACAUCCACUGGGAUCACGUGCUGGUGCCACACUGGGACCCGAAGAUCGCAGCCAGCCACGCUCAAGGAAAGCACACGCCUCCGGAUGACAUUGCCUCGAGUUUCUACCCCGAGCUGGGACCCUACAGCUCCAGGGACCCGAAGGUGCUCGAGUCACACAUGGCCCAGAUAGAAGCGGCCGCAGCGGGAGUGCUGGUUCUGUCCUGGUAUCCUCCUGGGGUGGGGGACGACCACGGGGAGCCCACAGAGGACCUCGUUCCUACCGUUAUGGACGCUGCCCACAGGCACAGCAUCAAGGUAACUGGUGAGACAACCGGUAUGUUUUCCCCUUUCUGA